AUGAAUUCUCGCCUCAAGAGCUUUGGCUUUGGAAAACGCAAGUCCGCCGCCAGCUUUCAGGGUGCUCCUCCGCCGUCAUCCGCUCACAGCAGCAGCACCACAACGACAAGCACAUACAAUACGCCUCCCCCGCCUUCAUCGUCCGCCCCGCCAGCCGCCCUCGGCAGUGGCACCACGUCGCCUCCCCCUCCUUCCAUCGGCCAUUCGCCAUCGCCCACAGGUCUCGCCAUGAACCCCAACAACCGCCCUCCUCCAGGCUACUCGCCCGGCUACCAGCAGGGUGGUCCUCCCCCUCCCGGAACCCCCGUGGGUCGCAGCAGCCACCACGGUCAGAACAGGACACCCCCCAGCCAGAUGGUCGGCGGGCCUCCCCCCAUCAACACUGCUCCUGCCGGAUACCCGCCCCCUCACGCCAUGGGCGGCCACCCCGCCGGCUAUGGCGGCGGCGGCGGCGGCUACCCCCCCGGACCCCCCCCGCCGGCUGGUGGUCCCAUUGCUCAGCAGUACGGGAACCCGGCUGCCGAGGUUGAGGGCUCUAGCAAGAGCAAGUCGCAGCUCAUCGUCGGAAUCGACUUUGGUACCACCUUCUCCGGCGUCGCAUUCGCUUUUGCCACGAACAACGAAGCCAAGGAAGACAUCAUUACCGAGUGGCCCGGUGCCGGCUCAUAUACCAAGCAAAAGAUCCCCACCGUUCUGUACUACGAUCAGUACCAAAAGGUGGUGGGAUGGGGCCCCGAUAUCGCCGACGCCCUGGCCCCUACCGGCUACCCCAAGCCCGGCGUGCAAAAGGUCGAGUGGUUCAAGCUGCAGCUGAUGCUCAGCGGCAACACCUACAUUGACCCCAUCAACCUGCCACCGCUGCCCCCGGGCAAGUCGGAGAUCGACGUGGCCGCCGACUACCUGUUCAAGCUGCGCCAGGCCAUGCGCUCGGCCUUGCAGAAGACGCUGGGCGAGGUCUUCAACCGUGAGGAGCGCAACAUCCGCUACUACCUGACAGUCCCGGCCAUCUGGAACGACGCAGGAAAGGCCGCCACGCGCGCCGCCGCCAUCCAAGCCGGCUUCCUGCGCGACGAGAACGACAACCGCCUGACGCUCAUCUCGGAGCCCGAGGCUGCCGCCAUGUUCUGCUCCAAGACGGGCCUGCUCAACCUCAAGGUCCACGACGCCGUGCUCAUCGUCGACUGCGGUGGUGGUACUGUCGAUCUCAUCUCGUACGAGGUCGAGGACGAGAACCCCUUCACCGUGUCCGAGUGCACGGCCGGAUCCGGCGACUCCUGCGGUUCCACGGCGCUCAACCGCAACUUCAGCAACAUCCUGCGCACCAAGAUCCGCAAGAUGAAGCUCCCCGACGGGUCCAAGACGGCCGGCCGCGUCUACGCCAAGUGCAUCAUGGACUUUGAGAACCGCAUCAAGGCCGACUUCCGCAACAACGGCCAGAAGUGGGCCGUCGACGUCGGCAUCGAGGCCGAGUUCCCGGAGGCCGGCAUCGAGGAGGGCUACAUGACCUUUACCAACGAGGAGAUCCUGCAGUGCUUCGAGCCCGUCGUGAAUCGCAUCCUCGAGCUGGUCCGCAACCAGAUCAUCGCCAUCCAGGCGCAGAACCGCGCCCUCCAGAACAUCCUCGUCGUCGGUGGCUUCGGUGCCUCCGAGUACCUCUUCCAGCAGAUCAAGCUCCACGUGCCGCCCCAGUUCCAGUCCAAGGUCGUCCGCCCAAUGGACUCGGUCGCCGCCAUCGUAAAGGGCGCCGUCACCGCCGGCAUCUCGGAGCGCAUCGUCACCCACCGCGUCGCCCGUCGCCACUACCUCAUGGCCACGCUCCAGCCCUUCAAGGAGGGAUACCACCCCGAGGCGUACCGCGUGCCCUCUCUCGACGGAAAGGACCGCUGCAAGUUUACCAGGCAGAUCUUUGUCCAGAAGGGCCAGAGGGUCAAGAAUGGAGAGCCCGUCAAGGUCUCGUUCUUCCGACAGGUUGCCCCGGGAGCCACCCUCAUGUACGAGGAUGUCCUCUACGCCUGUGAUGACGAUGUCUGCCCCGAAUACACCAAGGAUCCUCGCAUCAAGGAAGUCGUCACCCUCACGUCGGACCUGUCGCGCAAGAACCUGGAAAAGGACUUUGAGCGCAUGGACACGCCGCAGGGAACCUUUUACAGAGUCUACUUUGACAUUUACCUGACCCUGGACGGGUCCGAGUUCAGCGCCGAGCUCGUCUGCCAGGGAGAGGUUAUGGGUCGCUGCCGAGCGAGGUUCAGGUAG